AUGGCCGGGGCUGGAGUCUGGUUUGGAGAGGGUGAUGAACAAAAUAUCCAUGUACAACUCCCAGAGCCAUAUCAGAUGAACAAUGCAGCUGGGAUAUGUGCAGUUCUUGAAAGAGUUCUAGUGGCAGGCCUGUGCUUCCAUCUGAAAUGCUGGGAAGAUAACGGAUGGAUGAGGGUGUCAAACAGCAACAUCUGGAAGGCAACAGCAGCAGCACUGAGGCAGUGGAGAGCCCCAAUAUUCUUCCAGUGGACAAAAGGACAUAAUGGAAAUGAAGGGAACAAAGGAACUGAUGCACUGGCAGAAAAAGGCGCACAAGCAAAUGAAGACAGUGCUACACCUGCAGACACAGAAAUAACUCAUGAAUUUGAUGUGGAAGCAUACCAACAUAUACAGAGUAUAAGAGGGAUAGAGGAACAGCAGUCUGCUCAGAAUAUGGUCCAGCAAGUACUGGCAACUGUUGCCAACAUCAAUGGAUCUAUCCGACAUAAGAAUGCCUUAAGACCUAUGCGAGAGUUUCUGUGGAAAGCAUUGCAGAGCACCUUCAAGAUUGAGGCUUUCUGGGAAGAUGAAUGCCCAGAAUACAGAGUGCAGAAAUCCAUGGAACAUAUAUUGGUCGAGUGCUCCAUUACAGGGCAAACUACUCUAGGACAAAGAUGGAUCCUCCCCAUAUACAGGGUCACUUUAGGAGGCACACUCAUACAGAUCAGAAAAGAAGAUGUUGAUGGGCCAGCAAUGCAGCUAUAUCAAAUUCUAGUGACAGAGAUGGUUCACAUGAUAUGGAAAAUACAAUGUCAGCCAAGGAUCCAGAGAGGUGAUGAAGACCCCAUGCAAUGGCAUACUGAGGAUGAGAUCCAGAACCUCUGGAUAGAUGCCAUGAAUAAGAGGCUGACAGUUGACCAGUUAUUGGCCAACAGGAAGAAGUACGGCUUGAGAGCAAUGGCAAAGGCCAAGGUACUUGCCACAUGGAAGGGUACACUGCAAGAUGAGAAGAGCUUGCCAGAGGAUUGGAUAGAUCAAGGCAGAAUUUUAGUGAGCAUCGUGCUGAUCCAGCAGAGGCUGAAAGGCAGGCACUAA